CUUUAUCCUCUCUACACCUUCUCCUGCAUGGCUUUUUUUGUUUUGUUUUUGCAUGCCAUCUGGUUUGUUUUUGCAAGAAGCAAGCAGGCAAGCAAGCAAAGAAGCAACCAGGCCUGCCUCUCUCCUCCCUUCCCUCUCGUCUAUCCUGCUGUAUGUGUGCAUGUGUGCAUAUGUGGUGUGUGUGUGUGUGUGUGUGUGAGCUUCUCUUUUUCUCUCUCUGCUCAUUUCUGUCUGGCUGGCCACCUUCCUCUCUCUCUCCCUCUCUCCCCAAUGCUGAGUGUCUGCGAGCCGUUGGCUGCUCUGAACCGUUUUGGCUCCUUCCCUUAGUAACAGCUUUAACAUUCUGCCUCAAUUCCUCUUCAAUCUAAAUCACACACACACUCACAUACAGACACAGAGAUUACUUUUUUUUAUUACCCUCCUCCUCCUUCCUCGGGACUUAAUCUGUAAUCUCUCCCCUCCUCCUCCUUUUCCUCCUCCUCCUCCCAGCAACCUUUCUGGCACCCCCUCUUGAUUUUAUUUUAUUUUUUUCUAAAAUCCCCACCCCCAACACUUACACACACACAGAGGCUUGGGAUAUAAUUGAAUACCUUGCAUUCUUGGUGACGAUUUGUGGUUCUUUCCCCUCCCUUCCCCCCUUCCCCAUUAUUAUUCCUACUAUUAUUAUUAUUUUCUUGGGUUUGCAACUCCCACUUGCAAAAAAAGAAAUUGCUGCAUGGUAAUAGACCCAUCUAUGGUUUCCUUUUUUUCCCUCCUCCGUUGCAAAAAAAUUAAAGGAGGAGGGGGUGAGAAUAGACAGCGAGGCAUCCAUUGCAAGACCUUGGACGGGAAAAGCCCAUUUGUAUAGCUGCCCAUUCCGUCAGCGGCGGAUGGAAACAAGAAAUGGGGCCAAACGAUUGGAACAAACAAAAACUUACCAUUUUCUUGUGAUUGGAGGCUCCUAAUAGGAAACCUUCCACCCAUCAAUGCUCUGCCAAUGGGUUAUAUCCUUUGUCGUGACCUCAUGGUUUAAGUGGACAUAAAGAUGAGUAUAAGCAGUGAUGAGGUUAACUUCCUCGUAUAUAGAUACUUGCAAGAGUCCGGGUUUUCUCAUUCAGCAUUUACCUUUGGUAUCGAGAGCCAUAUCAGCCAGUCUAACAUCAACGGUGCUUUGGUGCCCCCAGCUGCUUUGAUAUCCAUUAUCCAGAAAGGCUUGCAGUAUGUAGAGGCAGAAGUCAGUAUUAAUGAGGAUGGUACGUUAUUUGACGGUAGGCCGAUAGAAUCCCUCUCGCUGAUAGACGCCGUGAUGCCGGAUGUAGUACAAACAAGGCAGCAGGCCUAUAGAGACAAGCUCGCACAGCAGCAGGCGGCAGCGGCAGCAGCGGCAGCUCCAACAAAUCCACAGGGGUCCGCCAAAAAUGGCGAAAACACCGCAAAUGGAGAAGAAAAUGGAGCCCACACUAUAGCAAAUAAUCAUACAGAUAUGAUGGAAGUGGAUGGUGAUGUUGAAAUCCCUCCCAACAAAGCAGUGGUGCUACGCGGCCAUGAAUCUGAAGUAUUCAUCUGCGCCUGGAACCCUGUUAGUGACCUUCUGGCCUCAGGAUCUGGAGAUUCCACAGCAAGAAUAUGGAACCUCAGUGAAAACAGUACCAGUGGAUCAACGCAGCUGGUCCUUCGGCAUUGUAUACGAGAAGGUGGUCAAGAUGUACCAAGCAACAAAGAUGUGACUUCCCUGGAUUGGAAUAGCGAAGGUACACUUCUAGCAACGGGGUCAUAUGAUGGAUUUGCAAGGAUAUGGACUAAAGAUGGUAAUCUUGCCAGCACGUUAGGGCAACAUAAAGGUCCCAUAUUUGCAUUAAAAUGGAACAAGAAAGGCAACUUCAUUUUAAGUGCAGGUGUGGAUAAGACCACAAUUAUUUGGGAUGCCCAUACUGGAGAAGCCAAACAGCAAUUUCCUUUCCAUUCUGCACCAGCAUUAGAUGUUGACUGGCAGAGCAACAACACCUUUGCCUCCUGUAGCACAGAUAUGUGUAUUCAUGUCUGUAAGUUAGGCCAAGAUAAACCCAUCAAAACCUUCCAGGGCCACACAAAUGAAGUAAAUGCAAUCAAAUGGGAUCCUACUGGUAAUCUUUUGGCAUCUUGUUCUGACGACAUGACUUUAAAGAUCUGGAGUAUGAAACAAGAUAAUUGUGUCCACGAUCUACAAGCACACAACAAAGAAAUUUAUACUAUCAAAUGGAGUCCUACGGGGCCAGGAACAAACAACCCAAACGCCAAUCUUAUGUUAGCAAGUGCAUCCUUUGAUUCUACGGUUAGAUUAUGGGAUGUAGACAGAGGCAUCUGCAUCCACACCUUGACGAAACAUCAAGAACCUGUGUACAGUGUAGCUUUCAGUCCUGAUGGCAGGUACCUGGCCAGUGGCUCUUUCGACAAAUGUGUACACAUCUGGAAUACACAGACGGGUGCUCUAGUGCAUAGUUAUCGGGGAACAGGAGGCAUUUUUGAGGUUUGCUGGAAUGCAGCAGGAGACAAAGUUGGAGCAAGUGCUUCAGAUGGUUCAGUUUGUGUACUAGACCUACGGAAAUAGCGCUACUAGUUGGAAGCCAUGGACCGACUAUGAAUGUGUACAUAGCCAAAAUGACUGUCCCCUUGACCCAUGUACUGCUAUAGUCCCAAUUGAACCAUGGCCAGUCCACUACAGCCAAACCUGAAAGAAUUAUAUACAUAUACUGAAUAUUAAAAAAGCAACGCAAAUGAUUACACCCCGAAGAAGAUGACAGAGUUUUGUCACAGCUUGUGAAGCCUGUUCACCAAGUGCUGGAAUCUGCUGUGCCCCCCAAAAAUAAUAUGUAAGCAUUUUGGAUAUGGGGGGAAAUAACAGGACAAGAAAGAAACCUAACUGUAUAUGAGCAGCCCAUUGAGUGCACCAUAAAUGGGGAAAUUACAUAUGGCUGCCUUUCUCCCCACUCCUCACCUUCACCCUUCUUAAAGUUUUGAAAGAUUGGUUUUUUUUCUUCUUCCUCCACCUCCUUUUUGGCUUUCUUUCUCAGUAGGUGAUGAGCAAUUUUUGUGUACAGGGAAAAUGGACUUGCAUACUCUUUCGACAGUGAUUUGUUCCUUGUUCCUUCUCACCACCUUGUUUUUUUAGUUUUUCUUUCUACACAAAGCAAAGCGUGUGAAUCUGUUUGGUGAUGAUGGGGUUUUUUGUCAUUCAGAAUGGUGCCUGUUUUGGGGAGAGAGAGGAAAUCCUUUUACAUCAGUUCUUUUGGACUCCUUUUAAAAACAAAUUGGCAUCUGUUGUGGAUUAUCUACUCACAAUUUAGACAGGGAAGGAGGAGGACAAGCAGAAUUUUAGCAACAUGACAUUGACAUUCCUUUGCAUUUUGAGAUCCAGUAGCUUUAAGAGCUCACAGGAUGGAAGUAGAUUCUUUUGGACUGUGACUGUUCCAAAAAAGCGGGAGAUCAUUUCUGCCAAAAGUAAAAGGGUACAUACAAUCACCAAGAUCUUAAGGCCAUUUUAUAAAGACCUGAUUUUUGGAACAUACACAGUGGUGGAACCAGAUUUAUGGCCAUCGUAGACUGGAUUUUAAGAACCUGUGCAUAAAGAGCUCAUUGUACAUAAUUGCUGAUCUAUACCCCUUGGCACAAGGAAAGAGCUUUGCAAACUUGCUUUUUUGGGUUACAUGUCCCAGAAUCUCCCAUCCAGCAUGUCUAUUGGCCACUGCAAUUCUGGGACUUGUAGUAGUACAAGGGAGCUUUUCCAGACUCUGCUCAAGGUGUCGGUCUUGAUUCAGGAGGCUUCCUCCAUUGCAUGUACAUUCCAGAAAUCAGCAUAGGACUAUAGAAACAAGAAUUGGAUCCUCCUUUCCUUUGAAAACAUAAUUGCAUCCAAAACAGCGGAGAAAAUAAAUUGGUUCAUCUUAACGUUCAUCUGGGCCAGUGGUUUUCCGCUAUAACUUCUGUGAGAGUUUUGCCCAUUCUUAGUCUAGUAUAAUGAAAAAACAAAUUGCAAUGUUUUGAUUUUUGGGUGUGUGUGUUUUUUUUAAUCUUUUGUACAACAAAAACAAAAUAUUUUGACAUCUAUUUUGCUGCCACUUCUGGAAUGAGACAGGUUUACUCUGUUAAGGUACUCAUUCACUGGAAAAUUUCUCUGUUGAAAACAUAUUGACAUGAACAAGGGGAAGAGCAUUGUGUUGGUGCGAAGUUCCUGGUGAAUCAUGCCUCCUUAAUUUGGAAGUGAACAGAAAAGAGGGAGGGGGUGGGGAAGCUGGCCACAAAGGACUUGCUUUAAGUAUGUUUUAAUCCUGAGCAAUUGACCUUCCAUAAAGGAAAAUUAUGUCUUGUGCUAAUUUCGCCCUGCUGCUCCUGCCUCAUAAAUUUUGUAUGUGCUUGUGAUUUCCUCCCCUUGCAACCCACCCAAAUUUAGGAUGAAUGUAAGCUGCUAUUUGUUUUUAUGAUAGUGGGGGAAAUAUGAUCACUACUACAGUGUCUUUUGUUUCUAAUAGCGGAUACUGCUUCUCCUUCCUUCACUGCAAGAGGUGUAUAUGACAUACACCUCUAAUAUGUUGAGAUAAACAUAGUACCAGAAGCAGUGUUUUUGUAAAAGUAUACCAUGGAAACAGAUGUUUGCCAGUACAUGCAACUCCUAAUGUUCUCAUUAACCAGAUAGUCAGGGUUUUUAAUAUUUCACCCAGUUUCAACUUCAGGUGAGUGGUUUAGAAUCCUAACACUUUGCUAAGAUCUCAAUUUGUAUAUGACCCCCAGAAUUGUUAUAACAAGGCUGAGAUUACAAUCCUUGGAAUAUAUGUGUGUUCCAGCUCUAUUUCUCCCAUCUAACCAAAAAAUCUCCAAAAGAAACAACCUCCCCCCCAGACAGAGCUGUCUUUGAAAUGCAUAAAGUUCCUCAAAAGAAAAAGCAAAGCCUUGGAAAUGGCAGCCCCAUGUUAUAUUUUCUGACCUCCGCUAGUCCCAUAAUAUCUUGUCGAACUUUAUCCACUGAUGACCUUACAUUGCACAUUUCCCCGCUCUUCAUCCUUGGCAAGCAGGUGUGUUCAUUAUAGCUUUGUGCAACUAAGCAAGACCCGGAGUAAGUAAUACGGCAGUAGAUAAAGGGCAGAGGGCAUCUCACUUGCAGAAUUGCCAGCUUCAGCACCAGGUCUGCUUUCUAGGUAGUACACAGCCCCAUCUUUUACAUUUCAUUUGUAGAUUGAAUUUGCCCAGAGAAUGAAAAUGGCUUGCUUUAAAAAAAAAAUCAAGAUAAACUCUUUUAGCAUUGAUUUCUGCCACGUCUAUUUGGACGCGCACGAAACCACAUCUUGAAGCGAGUAGAGUCCAGUUUUACAAGGCACAGCAAUUGUUUGCUUUUAAUAAGCAGUCAGUUAUUAAUGGGGUAUAAUACUCUUAUGCACAGCAUUGUGAGAAAUCAAACAAAAAUGUAUACUCCUAAAGGCAGUCAUGUGAUAUGGCUCUAUACUAGCUGUUGGUAGAGUUUUGAGAAUAGGCUCAAGAGGUUCAGGAUAAUUUCCCUGUGAAUUACAGUAUGUAAGAAACUUAACCUGUUCAGUAUCUGGCACUUGAAUAAUCUUGCUUUUUAUUGUUGGAGGUCCAGGACUAUGGCUGACCUCUGUCAUUGUUAAAAUAAUUAAAAAAGUUUUAAGAAAAUGUAAAAAAAAUAAUCUGUGCAAUAAUUUUAAACUGUGCUCCCAGGAAUAGACACAAAAAGUGUUUUGGGGGAUUUUUAUUUUGAGUAUAUUUAAACAGCAUUUUCUUUUCCUUUAGCAACACAAAUGUCAAUUGCACUGAACUUAAAUCUUUAAAAAAAAGUCAGAGGUGAUUCUUGAUAGUACUUUUGUAUUUUGAUAUGGACAGUCUGUUCGUUUUUCAUACAAGCUCUUGAACAGAUGUUUCAGUGGACUUUAAAAAGUGUAAAAACAAAACAAGAGGUGGUCUUGAAACCAUUUUGACACAGCUGCAAGAUUCCACAGCAACGUUCACAUUUCUGGUUAUUGCAACUGUUUUGUUGUUUUGUUUUGGGUUGUUUGUUUUUUAAAAAAGAUUCUAGCCAUUUAAGUAUGAUAUAGCAUGUAGACAUUAUUGUGGCUUCAUAAUCACCAAAUCCUGGGCUGAUUUCCCUUCUCUAUCCCAUCUCCAUCUACAUUUUUCCUUUUAACACAAUUUUAAGACUAUUCUUUUUAUAGCGGAGAUGGUCAGUUAGCCUCUCUCUCUCUUCAAAUAAUCUGCACUUGAUUCCAAACUUGAAAGCCAUGGCAUUAGGCAAGAGGGUGCUUUUUUGCUUUCUUUGCUAGGACCAGAUUUCUGUGCCCUAGAUUUAUCUGCACAACCCCAUUGAAAUCAUCCAGUGGAGCAUAGGACUCUAGCUUUUGCCUACACUGCAGACAGUGGCAUUUAGCAGCUAUGUUUGAAUUGUGAGGCUUUUCUAGGUGUUGCUGUCUUCAUAGUCUGCUGCAUCCCAUGUGUGAAUUUGGGGGAGCAUGGUUGAGGGCUUGAAGAAGAAGUCUACAUCUUCUUUUGCAGUCUCCUGUGUUUGGAUAAAUUGGCUGCUCAGAUUGCAAUCCCUGAUCAAUCAUUGCCUUCUUUGCUGCUGUCCUUUGUCAGUGUGCCACCGUGUUGCCCUGCUUCUAAACCAACUUUGUUCUCAACUUCAGGGUGGAGCCACAUAAUGCAAACAUAAUGGCAUUGUGGUUUUUUAAGACCAUGUGAACUGAAGAAGCUUCUCAAAAGUGCCAAUAGUUAUAUACAGAUGAGCUGGAGUGAGGAAUUGCUCUUCCAUUGUCAUGGUUAUCCUUUUAUUCUCUGAGGGUAAGAGCUAUGUAUGAUGGAGCUCUUAGCGCUGUAGUCCACUCAAAAAGCUAAUGCAGGCAUGAUCGCCUGAAGGAUGGAAGGCCUGCUUGGACUUUCCUCUAUCCAUUGAGCUAGCCCUGCAGAAGCCAUGUUUAAUCUUUGUCUAAUAGCUAGAUUCUAAAGGAGAGAGAAAGAAAAAACAGGUCCAACUGGAGAAAAAGAAGUUUCUUUUGCUCAGUCUAACAGCUUCAUGUACAUGCUGGGUAUCUCCCAAACAAGCACAUAUUUUUGAAUACAUAUACCCUCGACAUGACCAUUUAUAGUACUGUUCUGACAGGACCUGUGCCCAUAUUAUUGUUUGGGGAAAAGUCAAAAAAUCAGACUGAAAAAGGAUUCAAAAUCAGUUUCAGCUGGUGGCUUCAGUACCUGUGAGGUUGUGAAUCUACUCCUGUUCAAGGUAUUAAGUGCUUUGGAGGAGAAGAGGAGGUCAGAAUUUUGGGCAUAUCCUAUGACACCUGGAAUGGAUUUGCCUGCUCACGGAUGUGGAAGCCAUCACUGAUCACAAUAUCAUGGUUGGCAUGUUAUUAAACUUCCUGAAAGGAAGGAGACUAUCAUAAUUCUUGAUUAUAAGGCACAUAUUCUUGCAGUUGGGAGUGACUUACUUUUAUAAAAAGAGUUGGAAUAUGGUUUUUGAGAUUUGUUGUGUGCAGAAAGAAAGGUGUGUUUCAACCACACCAGUUGGACAAUUUCAAGAGGCACCACGGGCAAAGCUUUGUAUACUCUGGCUGGAGGGAUUUUGUGGUCCUGAUUUUGCAGCAAGCUCCAAACGAUUGGCGCAGAGCAGGUGAGGCUGUGGCUAAGACUUCAAUCUGCAGUUGUAUGUAGUUCAUCUCGGAUCUCUUACUGUUUCAGUGAAUAAAACCAUGUUCAUUGGUUAGUGAGUAUUUAAGCCUGUUCAUGGGAUUGGUAAUGCUAACACUAUUUCUGUAAGGUUUCACUGUACCUAUUUUAAGUUAAGAAAAAAGACUCUUCCUUGGAUGAUUUUGAGAACCAGGAGUGGGAGGAAUUUAUAGCAUUUAGCAAACACACACAUCCACAGAAAAAUACAAAUCAAAAGGAGACAUGUUUGUUUAUUUUUGUUGGAAACUAGAAGCAAGUGAAAAAGACCAAAGAUUUGUAAUUUUCUACACUGGUAGGUCAUUUGAAAAUAAAUGAGUAACUUUGCAUUUCCUUUUAGAUUUUGGAGCAAAAAUGUGUAAAUUUUAUGCAUUUAAAUGUUUUAGCUAUUGCAGACAAUACAUGGGUACAAUGAAUAAUUUUCUGAAAGUGGAAGAAUAUAGCAUUGCAAAAUGGCAUUGGUUUUGUUGUUUUAAAGAGAUAGAUGACUCGAAUCACAAUAUGUCUAUUAGGAAAGUCCUGUUGGUUAUUCAUUUCCAGCAGGAGUGUGGGGCACUAGGAUCUCUACCUAAGAUAUAGUUAAAAUAAAAUGUAAAAUAUACAUUUUAAAACAUCACAAAAUUCAGACCGUCAUAAGAUUUGGCAAGCAAAAAGUCUAUGAUGACUAAGCAAGGAAAUCUGGAAAGUUGGUUGUCUGUGGGUUUGACUCUGGUACUAGUUUUGGUAGGAAGGGGGCAGCAUUGUGGCACAUGGACACAGAGUUACAGGGAUAAUCCAUAUGGUGGAUUUAAAACAGAACAUGGGCAUAAAUGUAGGGCACUAGUUUGGGUGUUCUAAAGAAUCCCAUGACUAUUUAAUUCCAUGAUAGUUUUUAGCUUCUUUUCCCCAUCUGUACAGCUGAUGACAGUUAUAUUGGCAGAAGCAAUGCUAUAACUUUGCAAAUAAACUGUGUGUUAGGGGUUGCAAAAGGAAAGGGUAUCUGCUUUGAUGGUUUGUGGAUAAAAGAGUCAUUUAAGGAUUCUGUGACUUGAGCUGAACUAAGAGAGCAGAAAAAAAUGGCUAGAUGAUCAUCUAGGAUAGGACAGCAGCAAAGGCGUUGAUAUCAAAAAUCCUUGACCCUACUAAUAUUAAGGAAAAUGUGAAAUUUUUUCAGGCUUCUCUGGAAUAUGCUCUAUUCAUGUUUUAAGUGGAAAGCCCAGAUAGGCACAGGUUCUCUUAACUUCAGAUGUCAAUAAUAGUCCACUAAUCAUUGCGACAAAUCCUGAAUUUUUGUAAUUUCCCAUUGUCUAGAUGAAUAAACAAAAGCCUAGUGGGUUUAUUCUCAUUUUUUACAUUUCUGGAUACAUUCAGGAAAUUGAUCUGUUUUGUUGUUGCUUCUUGUGUGCUUUUGCAAUCUUGUUUCUUGACAGGCUGCGAUAAGCAAGACGGUCGCUUACAAUACAAAAGUAAUCUCUCUCUUUUUUCCCUUCUUCCUCUUCUUUCCUGACUUUGACAUUGUAGUUGUAAAAAAAGGUUCCGAUUUGGAGUUGCAAAUCUUUUGGGUCUACUUCUGUGAGCCUACCUAUAGCACUGGAUAAAAAAAAAGUCUACACCAUUUCUUCAGUUAUAUAUCCAGUUAAAUUACAAAAUGUUGUACAAGUGUAAAACCAGCCCAUGUGACAGUUAUUUUUUUCUUUUUUUACUUGUUCAGAAAUACUUUUUAUUGUUCAGUUUUCAUGAUUUACUGUCUAAAGAAGACUGCUAUAGAUGUUCUAUACUGUCCUGGACCCAUGUUAAUUACACCUUUUAUGAUGUACUUUGGUUCCACAUCACAAUGAUUUUGUCCUCCCCAACCCAAAAAGCCCCUUUCUUAAUCUCUUUCUAGGCACAUUUUUUCUGUUGCAGUUUUCCCUUUGCAUUGUAUUGCUCUGACAAGUGUAAUUUGAAUCAGAUCUGAAAGAGGUCCAGAAUAAAAUAUAUUUUGAUACGA